AUGCUUAAUCUUCCAGCUUAUGCCAAUGGGUACAUGAGUUAUCUGGAAGGUAAGUUGGACCCUUCCCUGUUUGAGCUAACUCAUUUGAAAUAUUUGGACCUUAGUAAAAAUGGUUUCUUCCAGACUAUACCCAGUUCCAUAGAUUCCCUCACUGAGUUAGAGUACCUCAAUUUAUCUAGUGCUGGCUUUUUUGGUGAAAUUCCUCCCCAACUCGGAAACCUUUCCAAAUUAGCAUCUCUUGAUCUCCGUUUUUAUUAUGAUCCUCUUAGUUUUGAUGGGAUUGCUGUUAACAACCUCACUGCUAAAAGCUUACGGUGGAUGUCUGGUCUAACAUUGUUGAGAGAACUCCACCUUAGUGAAGGUAGUAAUCUUAGUGAAGCCACCGAUUGGGUCCAAACCAUCAACAAUCUUCCUUCCCUUAGAAAACUUUACUUGGAUGAAUGUCAGCUUCCUGCUACAUUUUCAUCAUCAUCACUUUCAUACAUCAAUUCCUCAUCCUCUCUUCGUGUUGUUAGCCUUUCUUUUAAUGAUUUCAAUGACUCUUCGAUAUUCAAGUGGUUGUUCAAUUUGAGUAGAAAUGGUGACCAACUUGAAUAUCUUGACCUUUCUUGGAACUCACUUUCAGGGCCUAUUCCAAAUUCAUUUGGGAAGUACAUGCAGUCCCUUUCUGAAAGUCUAACUGGCUAA